UUAGAAGAAGGGCAAAAGCAAGAGAUCGAUGGAUGCAGCUGCAUCGUAUCGCUCUCGUCGUGUCCUGGCAGAAAUCGACCCCCACAGCGAUUGGGUUCAUGGUGAUGAGUUCGACACGCUCAUCGUCGACGUCUCAGGAUUCAGCAAGAACCAGCUGAAGGUGCAGGUGGAGCCGUCAGGGAGCCUGAGGAUCAGCGGCGAGCGCGCGGUGAACGGCGGCCGGCAGUGGUCUCACUUCCUCAAGCGGUUCGACCUCCCGGCCGGCUGCGACGCCGGGGCGAUCAAGGUUCAGCUCGACAAGGGGAUGCUCUACGUGAGGGUGCCCCGUCCCAGCGACGAUGAUGACAGCGAGGAGUGCCCCGAGGACACGCUGCCAGAAGAGGGACGUGCCGGCGCCUACUGGAGCGGCGGCCACACAGCAGCGUGGCGAGACGACGCGCACCCGGGGUGGAGGCUGGCCAAGAACCUGCGCAAGCACCGAUAUGUCGUGCUGAACGUGGUGCUCGCCGUCGUGCUGCUCUGGCUCGUGGCGUUCGGUCAGAGCAGACCGAGGGGUGGGCAGAUCAAGGGCGAAUGA